AUGGCCGCCGCCCCCUCCGCCACGGCGCUCGCCGGCGCGGCCCUCCCGCUCCCCUUCUCCGCGCGACCUCAACCCGCUCGGUUCUCCGCGGUGGCGCUCCCCCGGACGGCCCCUCCUCCCGCGGCCCUGCGGCUCCGGACCGUCCGGCGCCUGGCGGCGGCGGAGGGCGGCGGAGUGGCGGCGGGCAUGAAGGACACGCUGGACAAGGUGGUGUCGGCGCACAAGGUGGUGCUGUUCAUGAAGGGGACCAAGGACUUCCCGCAGUGCGGCUUCUCCCACACCGUGGUGCAGAUCCUGCGCUCCCUCGACGUCCCCUUCGAGACGCUCGACGUGCUCGCCAACGACGCCCUCCGCCAGGGGCUCAAGGACUACUCCAGCUGGCCCACCUUCCCCCAGCUCUACAUCGACGGCGAGUUCUUCGGCGGCUGCGACAUCACCCUCGAGGCAUACAAGAGUGGGGAACUGCAGGAGACGCUGGAGAAAGCAAUGUGCUCUUAG